CCCAUCAGUUCAGAAGUGAAGGCGAGCGUCAGAGCAUCAGGAAGAGCUGAAAUCUGAUCAAAGACUGAGUUUAUUAAAGAGGACAGAGAGAAGAUGAGAGAUCCAGAGCCCUGCAGAAUCAAACACACUGAAGAUACUGAACAACAAACAGACCUGAUGGAGGAGAGUGAAGAACUGAGUGAAGUGGAGGAGGAGCAUCAUGUCAAACCUGGAGAAAAACCUUGGAGUCGCUCAAAGACUAAAAAUACUUUUUUAAAGAAAAGAAGAGCCAAUCAAUCUAUCACCUGCACUCAGUGUGGAAAGAGUUUCACAAACCAGCAUAGUCUAGAUUGUCACAUGAGAGUUCACACCGGAGAGAAGCCGUUCACGUGUGAUCAGUGCGGCAAGAGUUUCACACAAAAAGGAAACCUUAAAGGACACAUGAGGGUUCACACCGGAGAGAAGCUGUUCACGUGUGAUCAGUGCGGGAAGAGUUUCUCAACCAAGCGUAAUCUUAAACUUCACAUGAGAGUUCACACCGGAGAGAAACCGUUCACGUGUGAUCAGUGCGGGAAGAGCUUCACACACAAACAUCAUCUUGAGCGUCACAUGAGAGUUCACACUGGAGAGAAGCCACACACAUGCGAUCAGUGCGGAAAUCAAUUCAAAGAAAAACAAAGUCUUGAGGAUCACAUAAGAGUUCAUACUGGAGAGAAACCAUUCACAUGCUAUCAGUGUGGGAAGAGCUUCAAGCUAUUAUCAUACCUUCAUGCUCACAUGAGGAUUCACACAAGAGAUAUGAUGUACCCAUGUGAUCAGUGCGGCAAAACAUUUCUUCGGUCAUCAGAACUGAAGAUACACCUGACAGUUCAUAUGAAGGAGAAGCCACAUUCCUGUUCUGAAUGUGGAAAGAGUUUUUCACUGCUGCAAAGUUUACGUAAACAUGAGAAAAUGCAUGCUGAUGUGAAAGACUACAUGUGCUUUGAGUGUGACAAGACUUUUACUACAGCGAGCUGUUUAAAACGGCACCAGAGGAUCCACACUGGAGAGAAACCUCACAAGUGUUCACACUGUGACAAGACAUUCAAUCUGUCAGGAAAUCUGAAAAGACAUGAGAAGAUCCACAGCAGAGAGAAGCCACACACAUGUGAUCAGUGCGGAAAGAGUUUCUCUAUUAAAAGUCACCUGAAGAUACACAUGAAGAUGCAUGCAGUGGAGAAACCAGAUCACUGCGAUCCAUGUCAGGAGAGACCUGAUGGACGUGAACCAGAAAGAAAAACCAGAAGCCAAAAAAAUCUGCCACCUGCCCUCAGUGUAAAUCAAGGCUAAAUGAGAGUUCACACUGAGAAGAAGCGGCUCAAGCCUUCGCUCUGAAAUCACAUCUGCCUUCUCGUUCUGAUAAUUAACUGUGAUCAGUGCAGUGAAAGGUUUCAUUGAGCAUCAGUCUGAAACACCUAAAGAUUCAGAUAAGGAGAAGACUCAUUCGUAAUAUUACAGCAGAAAAGACACGACGGUGUGUGUUUAAGUGCUGGAAGUCUUUUACUACAGAUGAUGAUCUGAAAGAACACUAGAAAAUUCACACUGGAAAAAACUUUCAGGCCAGAGUUCAGGGAGCUAAAUAAGACAUAACACUUAAGAGAGACAUGAUCUGAUAGUAUUUUUAUCUUGUUCUUCAUUGUUUUUCAUUAAAACAUCUAGUUAUUCUUCCACUUCUCCUCUUCUCUUUAGAUGCUUUGACUCUCUAAUAUGUCCAUCGAGAGAUCUGUCUCAUUCAUUUUUACUUAAUUUUUGUAUUUGCUUCAAGUAAUAAUUGAUUAAA